AUGAAAUUAUUAUAUGCAUUAGUUUUAUUAUUCUGUUUAAUUGCAGUUGGUUAUUCUGAACAAAUCAAAAAUACAAAUCAAGUUAAUAACAUUAACAAUGAUAUCCCAAUGCAUUCAAAAGCACCAUGGUUCUUUAAACAACAUAAUCCAGAAGAUUUCGUUAAAUUCCUUGAAGAAGUUUUAAUAAGUGUUGAAAAUCAAAUUAAUCCAGGAAAUGUUACAGAGUGUGUAAAAACAAUUACCAAUGGAACACUUACAUUGGUUAAUUUAAAACCAAAUGAACCAAGAAAUUUCGGUAUUGCUUUUUCAACUAUUAUUCAAAUAACUGAAAAAUGUGGAUUCCAAAAACUCAUUGUUAAAUUUGCAAAUGAUAUUAACUAUAUUAUUAUUAAUGGACCUUCUGCAUUUGCUGAAAGACAACUUGAAGCAUUUAAAAAUCAAUCAACAAAUCUUAUUGAUUGUUUCCAAAAAGUCUUGGCCUUAAGUAAUUCAAGGGAAUUACAAAGUGAUCAAUUAGGAAAAUGUCUUUCAAUUGUAAUCAUGGACCCAAUUCUUGGUUAA